UUCAACAAGUAGUGUUUUACUUCCCAUGAAAGAAAUUUCUAAACACCCUCAACUGAUCGAUAAUCAUGGUGUCAGAUCUUAGAUUUCCUUUAUCGGUGAAACUUUCCCGCGUUGUGAAUUGUGAUGUAGGAACUCAUUUGCCUCAAUUUUCUUUUUAAAAAAUGGAGUGAGCUAUUCUUUUUGGUUGAUUUUUCGGUGUUUUGAUGGGUCCAAUUUAAAAAUCAAUGCCUCUACUUUUGUUGGGAUUAGUGGUGAUUAUUUCAAUUUAUCCGUGACCGUUUUUCAACACGUAGCUAGAUUAACGGAUGGAACCGGUGCCGGUGGCAUUGCAAAUGAGCUACCCUCUCCAGUGCCUGACAGCAAUAUCUACCUCGCGGAUAAUCCUGUCGUACGGGCCUGGGGUGCUGCUCAUAUUUUUAGCGCGUGCGCUGAUCGACCGAUACCGACCUGACGUAAACGACCGCAAGAACCGCGUAAGGGACACAUCGCCGGCCGCGCUGCGCGGCGAGUAUGACUUCAUCAUCAUCGGUGGCGGGUCGGCUGGCGCCGUCCUCGCAAAUCGUCUCACUGAAAAUCCCGAUUGGACUGUGUUGCUCUUAGAAGCAGGUGGCGAGGAGACUAUAUUGCCGCAGAUCCCGCUGUUCUACCCGGGCCUUCAGAUGUCGCCCAUGGACUGGAUGUACAAGACGGAGCCUUCAGGCACGUCCUGCUUGGGCCUGAAGGAGGGGCGCUCCCAAUGGCCCCGCGGUAAGGCUCUUGGAGGCUCCAGUGUUCUCAACGCGAUGCUUUAUGUUCGAGGCAAUAGGAGGGAUUAUGACCUUUGGGCUGCAGCCGGGAAUCAAGGCUGGAGUUUCGACGAUCUGUUACCGUACUUCAAGAAAUUCGAGGACUUCAAGAUUCCCAGGUUCAAGGAUGACUCCUGGCACUCGGAGGGCGGAUAUAUGUCGGUGGAGGAGUUCCGCUACAAGUCGCCGAUCACACAUGACAUUGUCAGGAGUGGACUCGAGUUAGGGUACCUCCCGAUCGAUUUCAACGGACCCCAACAGACGGGCAUCAACUACGCUCAAGCUACGAUUCGAGAUGGCUUACGGUGCAGCACGUCGAAGGCUUUCCUACGACCGAUUCGAAAUCGAUCGAAUUUGCACGUGUCCAUGUUUUCACACGUGGAGAAAAUUCUAUUCAACAAUACUUCCCCAAACUUGCCUCGGGCCGAAAAAGUUAUUUUCAAAAAAGUUGGGAUGGGAAGGCACAAGGUGAAAGCGCGCAAAGAGGUCAUUCUGUCAGCGGGUUCCAUUGCAUCUCCUCAGUUGCUGAUGCUAUCGGGAGUGGGUCCAAAGGAGCAUUUGGAGGAGCUGAAGAUCAACUUGGUGGUUGACUCCCCCGGUGUGGGGGGCAAUCUGCAGGACCACCCAGCUAUGGGGGGUCUUACGUACCUCUUCGACUCACCCCCCGAAACGUACCCCAUUGGUGCGGGGGUUGUUCUUCCUCGCUUACUCACCCUUAAAACGCUCCUUCAAUUUCUCAGGGACCGAGAUGGGCCAUUCUACGUUCAGCCUUUCUGCGAGGUCAUCGGAUUUGUAAAUACAAAGUUCGCGAACGCGUCAGACGACUGGCCGGACGCGCAGCUGAUCUUCGCGACGGGUGGGGACAGCGACGACGGGGGGUUGUUCAACAAGCGGGCGAGCGGGAUGCGCGACGACGUCUACGCGGCCCUCUUCGAGCCGAUCCUCUACCGCGACACCAUCACCAUCGUCCCCCUCCUCAUGCGCCCCCGCAGCCGCGGCCUCAUCCGCCUCCGCACCCCCGACCCCCACGCUCACCCCCUCAUCUACCCCAACUACUUCCAGCACCCCCAGGACAUGCGCACACUGAUUGAAGCAGGAAAAGUGGCGCACACAUUUGCAAUGUCUAAGGCCCUUAAGAAGUAUCAUAUGCGAAUCAACCCUCACAGAAUACUGGGUUGCGAAAAACUGAAACCAUUUACGGACGAGUGGUGGGAAUGUCGGGCGCGACACUACACGAUGACGAUCUACCACCCAGUGGGGACUUGCAAGAUGGGACCAUCCUCUGACCCGAAGGCGGUGGUCGACCCCAGACUAAGGGUGCACAACAUCUCCGGGCUAAGGGUAGUCGACGCCUCGAUCAUGCCCACCCUCGUCUCUGGCAACACUAACGCCCCCACCAUCAUGAUAGCCGAGAAGGCCGCCGAUAUGAUCAAACAGGACUGGAGUCAGUGCCAGAAGGAAAGCUUCAAGCAUCCCCGAUGGAAGAAGAAACUCAGAUCCAGGCCCGAACGGGUUCGUUUUCGGACUAAUGAAGUUCCACAUUGAAGUUCAACGAUGCCAAACCCAAUGCUGCCAUUUUCCGGAAUUGAUUCGGAAUUUCUGAACUUAUAAAAUAAUUGGAAAUUUCACCGGAAUCUUUGAAAAUUCCGAAAUUGUUAGCUAUUUUCGGAAUGUUUCGGCAAUUUCUCGGAAUUUUGGGGCUUUUGUCAGUUGGGCCAAUUAUUUGAUCAAAUUUGAUGCUCUAUUUUUUCAAAUGUUGUGAAUAAAAAUAUACCAAGACUGAUGUGAUUUUUCUGA